AUGGAAGUUGCGCAGGAAACGGUAUUGCGUUCUCGUCGACACUCGGAUCUAGAUGAGGAGCGAGAUAUUUACGGUACGACAACUGAGACUAGAAGUAAUUAUGAGAAUCGUAAGUGGAGUAUGGAGGAGACCGUCGAAGUGGAUAAUGAAAAUGAAGAUCAAUGGAUUAGUAGUCCACAUACGCUCACAGUCGGCUUUUUGCUCAUGGUGUGGAUUGUUUACGCUUCAUUCCAUGAACCCAUAGCACAAAUGGAAGAUAUGAACGAACAGUAUGCAGCUGAUAUCACACGUGGUAUUGAAUAUGCUUGUGUCUUUUUCCUCACGUACUGCAGUCUACAAUUACCUGAUGGUCACUUUGUCCGUCCACAUCCAAUUGUUUGGCGGCUUUUAACGGGACUCUUUAUUUUGUAUGAAAUGCUGUUGAUUGUGCUACUUUUUCUAAGGACAAACGAUGCUCGAGAGUUUAUGAAAGUCUUUGAUUCAAAUCUUGGUGUCCAACUGCCUGAGACUUCGUACGCAACAGACUGUCGGGUGUACACGCCUGAGAACCCGGACUCGUACUUUGCUAACAUUAAAGCAACCUUAUUUGAUCGGUUUGUGAUCAUGCACUUUUUCGGUUGGAUUGUCGGGUCUCUCAUGGUACGCAGCAAGAUGAUUUCAUGGAUCCUGAGUAUCAUGUUUGAACUCUACGAAAUAACGUUUAGUCACUGGCUGGCAAAUUUUAACGAGUGCUGGUGGGAUCAUGUGUUCUUUGAUAUCCUUACGUGCAAUGCGGCUGGAAUUUACCUGGGAAUGAAGAUCUGUCGCUACUUUGAGAUGCGCCGAUUUAACUGGGUAGGUAUUCGAAAAAUUCCAAACUUGACGGGCAAGGCGAAGCGAGCGUUGGCGCAGUUUACACCUGCUUAUUGGAUGGCAUACGAUUGGAAGAUUUUUCGAUCGGCCGAGCGCUUCUGGAGAGUGAUGUCAAUGGUCACGAUCCUGUCGAUCAUGAUGCUCAACUCAUUCUUUCUGAAGACGGUGCUGUGGGUGCCUGCAAGUAGCAACAUUAACAUUUAUCGCCUUGCGAUCUGGUACUCGGCGGGAAGCUACGCGGUGGCGGAAUACUACAUAUUUUGCUCGUUUACGAUGAACUACGAUGGUAAGAAGAUGCCGGUGAAGAAGUUGGGCCCUCGUGCUUGGCUGGGCAUCGCUGUCGUGCUCACUGAGGUGCUUGUUAUUUACAAGCAUGGCCAGGGUAUGUUUACCGAGCCUUUCCCGCUUUACAUCAAGCUCAUCUGGGCAGCAAUCUUUGCGGUACUCGUGGUUGGUUCCACGAUCUAUUUCAAGUUUUUCAGUGAGCCGCUUGAGGAGGAAAGGAAGACGCAGUAG